UAUUGUUAUUAUUUCCUUGUAGCACAUUGACAUUGGCGUUGCAUCCAGCACUGAGCUACACCUUCAUUUACUUCACCACGCUCUUGUAGGCGUUUUGGCAGACACAGAAAGGGACAACGACAUGUCGGACAGCGAUUUCGGCGCCGUGUCUUUGUACGCCGGUUUCUUGGAUAUCACCGACGAGGCAUGGACAACAGCAGAUCUCUCAGAUGACGAAAUUGACUUGCCGGAAGGGCAUGACGUGGUAGUGGACGACGGGGAGGUGGACUUGGGCGAGUCGAUCGAGGCAGCAGAACAGGAAGAGCUCAAGUGGACGGACAAGGGGAUCGACCUCCUCUUGCAACGAGAGGGGGGGGCUCCGACAGCCAACACCUGACGACAGCCAACAGCUGAAGCGGAUUGCAAGAUGUUGGUUUCAGAUACCGAGACGAUCUCGCGGCUAAACUGCACGCGGUUGACGAUGGCGGUCAAGGCGUAUCAAUGCUGCAUACUUCGUACUUCGAAGCAUGUGUUUCGGGCUGGGCGAGGGCAGAACAUUUCAUGUCUUGGUGGUCGAUUUUGAAGUUCCGUUCAAUGCAUGUGGAAUAGCUCCGACGAAGGAUGGUGGGGUUCAAUUUCUGCGCGCUCUCCGUGGCGUACAUUGGUUGCUCGGAGUGUUGGCUUCAGGGAUGUAUCACAGUGUACGUACGAGAAGCGUGUGAAUGUAUCGUGGGAGUGCUUUCAACGAGGUGUUGUACAUCAUUGUUUUUAGAAUAAAUAUUUCAUGUUUACACCUCCUCGGCUCUUCCGCCGGCAACAGGCGCGCUGCGUGGAACAUCUCGUGUUGCGAAAGGGUGUUAUUUGCAUUGAAAUUGAGGAGACACGUGCACAAGCUGUGUGUAUGCAGGACGCGAUUCGCUUGAGAAAAAGUGGUUUCCUAAUCUGCGUCUACAGCAGAGUAGUGCCAUGGCAACUCAUCGAUCGUACCAACGGUUUCACGUUUCGACGUUUCAACCUGUCUCACGAAGCAAUCCCAUUGUCGUCGGUAUCUAUCAGCGUCACAUGAUCGCAUAUGGAGUCAGCCAUACGUUAUCCCAUGUGUUUCGAAAGGACAAACGAACUUCAAGUGCAGAGCAUUUCACGGGUAACGAGCGCUCGACAAAGAGAGCAGGAUGAAAUUUUAAGUGGCGCUCAAGAAUCAAUACAACUUUCCGUUGUCACCAUUUUUACAACACAAGAUUUUGCG